CGGGAGGUUCUUUGGUUUUGGUAGUCCUAAAGCACAGCCUACUGCAGCAAAGCCUGCUGAGUCAGUGACUGGAAAGAUGUUUGGCUUUGGGUCAUCUUUCUUAAGCUCUGCAUCCACUUUGAUAACCUCAGCUGUCCAGGAUGAACCUAAAACUACACCACCGACUCCACGUAAGAUGUCCACAACAGCUCAUGUCUCUCCUAGAACUACACCGCCAGCCUCUCCUAAAACGUUACCUGCAAAGGACACUAAGCCACCCACUGUACAGAAAACUGAGGAGAAAAAGACAGAGAAACCUCAGCAGGAAAAGACUCCUUCAACAGUACAAGCCAAAGUGGACAAUGCUUUAUCAGCGCCACCUAAGGCACCCACAGACAUCCAAGGUGCUUCAAAAGCAGUUCUGUCCAUCUGUCCACUCUGUAAAGUAGACCUCAACAUAGGCUCCAAAGAUCCUCCUAACUACAACACCUGCACAGAAUGCAAGACUACUGCCUGCAACCAAUGUGGAUUUAAUACGAUGGCAGUUGUGGCAGAGGUAAAAGAAUGGCUUUGUCUGAACUGCCAGAUGCAGAGAGCCCUAGGAGCAUCUGAGCUGACUGGAGGUCCUGUAGUGAAACCACUGCCCUCCCCAAGCAAGAUUUUUACAACUCUUGGCUCUGAACAGAAGGAUGUACCAACAUUAGUCCAAAAGGAGAAGUCUACAGAAUCUACAACAGUCAAAAAAGAGGCAACUCAAGCAACGCCACAGAAAAAAGAAACCCCCAAAACUGAGGCUCCAGUGCCGACUGCAGUCCAAAGGACGGAGACACCACGACGAGGUUCUGUGCCAAAGACACACGUCCUUUCAGGUAUUGAACAAGGGCAAGGUCAGGAUAGUGCUGGCAAGCAGCAGCCUGAUGAAAAAUCCCCACAAGUGCAGCUUUCUCAAGUGAAUGCAGGUCUUGCAAAACAACAAGCGGGAAAACCACCACAACAGCCCUCAAAAUCUGCAACCCCUACUGCAAAAUCUGUACCACCGCCAGCUCAGCCUGCUAAACAGGCUUCAGGAGGCUUCUUUGGCCUUGGCGGACCUAAAACACAACCUGCUGCUGCAAAGCCUGCUGAGUCAGUGACUGGAAAGAUGUUUGGUUUUGGUUCCUCUAUCUUCAGCUCUGCAUCUACGUUGAUAACCUCAGCUGUUCAGGAGGAACCUAAAACUACACCACCUACUCCACGUAAGAUGUCCACUACAGCCCAUAUCUCUCCUAAAGCUACACCUCCGGUUUCUCCCAAGAUGCCACCUGCAAAGGACUCCAAACCACCUGCUGCAAAGAAAUCAGAACCACCUCAACAGGCCAAGCCUGCUCCAUUAGCACAGGCCAAAGUAGAGAAAGUUCCACCAGAGCCUCCAAAAUCCACAGAAGUGACCCAAGUUGCUCCUAAAGCAGCUACAUCAGAGCCUCCCAAGGCUGCAGUGGCCUCCCAAGUCACUGUCAAACCAGGCCAGUCCACCUGUCCACUCUGUAAGGUCGACCUCAACGUGGGCUCCAAGGAUCCUCCCAAUUACAAUAUGUGCACUGAAUGCAAGAACACUGUCUGCAACUUUUGUGGAUUUAACCCAAUGCCUGAUACAGGAGCGAAGGAAUGGCUGUGUCUGAACUGCCAGACUCAGAGGGCUUUGUCUGGACAGCUGGGAGACUCAGGAAAAAUGCCCCAGCUUUCACUUGUUUCUGCCAAACCAGAGACCCUGGCCACACCUGCAACCAAAAAGACAGACCGCAAAACUUCCCCUACAAAGUCAGAACCUACACCUGUGGCCACAAAAUCACCGCCCACACCUUCCCCCAUCAAGGCAGUACCAACAGGUCCAACCCCAAUAGCAAAGGUGGAACCUACAUCUGUCCCCAUGGAAACCACGGCUACAGCAGAUUCCGCACAAAUCGAGAUCGACACCCCACACAUAACCACAACAGCAAAGGUUUCACCUGUUACAGCAGAAAAACAACCUUUAGCAGCAUCCACAGCAGGACCCAUUAUACCCACUAUGGUCACUGUGCAACAGACAGCAGUAACACCAAAGGUUGAAGGUCCAAACACAGAUGUUCCCAAGACUGUAACAGUGGAAAAUAGAGAAAAGGCAGUGAAAGUGGAGCUCAGUGAAACAGAAUUUCACAAAGUUCAAGAGUCUAAAGUUGAAGCAAUUGUAGCUGCAGCUUCCUCGUUCCCAGUGACUGAAGCUCCAGUUGUACCUACCUCCCCUAUUGCUGCAGAGGUUGCUAUGGCUGGAGUUUUCCCAUUGCCUGAAACAAAGCCAGAAUUGUCUGCUCCAGAGAAGACUAUUAAGGGAGUACAGCCUGAUGAUUAUAUCAAACUGACAGAGCCAACAAAUUCUUUACAGCAAGUUGAGGAGCAACCAAAGUCACAAAAACCACAACUGGUAUUGGAAGUAGAACCAGUCACAGCAGCUGACAGCAAGGAAAUGGCCGAUACGUUGGUUGAAAAGAUAAUUGACAUCCCCUCAACUCCAGGGACACAACCAGUAUCUACAAAAAACAUCAUCGUAAAAGAGCAAGAUGAAAUCAAAAAAGAGCCAAUGAAAGAAGGAAAGGUCUCCCUACCUACUGGGCAGGUUAAAUUGGAAACAAUGGUUGUCCCUGUGACAUCUACAAAGCCUGAAUUCAAAGCAAAGGAGCAUGAUGAUGACCAACCCCAGAUUUUACCCAUAUCACAGGAAUUAAAGGAUGGGCAGGUGGUUAGUGAUACACAUAAAAAUGAUGUAAAUAAAGAUCCAUCCAUUCCAGUAAAGGAGGAGGUUAAAGCUGAGAGAAGGCGCCUAAGCUUCCAAGCAAUAGUUGAGAGCAGCGAAAGUGAGCUCACACCCUCACCACAAGUCCAGAGGAGAAGACUAAAGGUCAGCAAUGUUUCAUCCAGCAGUGAGGACAUUAAAACUGAAAGCGCUGACUCCUCUAUGGAAGAUGAAGAAUUCAUCCGCAAGCAGAUAAUGGGUAUGGGUGAUGAGGAAGAAAUGUCUCUUUCAGAAGAUGAGAAAGAAAAUAAUUUAGCAGAUGGGAAAGCAAUCAAAGAGGUUGAGCUUGAUAAUGCUUCAGUGGCAGCCAAAUCACUGUCAAGAAAAAGUAGCACAGAGAAUGAAGAAAGCCCAGCCACGAAAAAGGCCCUCCCGAAAACUGACACUGCAACUGCCCAAGAUGUUCCUGAAACAAUACCCAGCACUACUUUCAAGAAAGCUAUUUCAGUCAUGAGACAAAGACAAAGCACUGAUGAAGAAGUAGAGAGCAUCACAGAAUCCCUGUCAAAGGGAUCGUCUAGUGUUCAUGUAUCUAGCUUUACUCCAGGAUCUUCACCCACGUCAGCUUCAUCUCUGGAGGAGGAUAGUGAUAGCAGCCCUAGUCACAGGAAAGUCAGUGGGGACAAACAGCAUCGCAAAGCUAGGCACAGGCAGCCAACCCAGCCUCUCCCCACCAUUGAAGACUCCUCUGAGGAAGAGAAGACUAGGGGGGGAGAGAAGACUAGGAAAGACAAAUAUGAACUAAGAGCCAAUGGCCAACCACUGUCUCCAACAGAAAAUGCUUCCUCCACAGAGAAUCUGAGACAAGUCACCGUAAUGGAUGAAAGCAGUAGAACAUCUGGCUCUGAGUACUCUGCCAGUAUAGAAUCAGAAGCAGAGGCUAGACAAGCUGUACAGAGAGGACGUAAGCCUUCACUAACAGUGAUCCCAUACACUCCUGAUCCAUUUAAAGAGAAGGAUUCUGUGAAAAAAUCAUUGAAGAGUGCCGAAGAAGCAUAUGAGGAAAUUAUUCAGAAAACAAAAGCUAUUCCAGAGGAGAAUCCUCCUGAUAUUGAGCCACUUUAUGGAGGAAUGUCAAUAGAGGACUAUCUUUAUGAAUCCUUAGUUCAGGAGCCUGAAAUUAAGAUUGGUGAAUCUCAAGAGGAAGAAUUUAAACAGGAUACUAGCUCUGAGUGUCUCAAAAAACUGAGGUCUCCAGAGGAGGUUUAUGAGGAGAUGAUACAGAAAAAGAGAGAAUUGAUGAUGAUAGAGCAAGAGUUUCAACAGGCCCAGACAGCCAUGGAAUCUUCCUCAUCAGGGGCUUCAGUCACAGGGCCUCCCUCGUUUGAUGAGACCUGUGUUGUGACCAUACCCACGGAAGAGACAUCCCUUACUGAACAAAUUGAUAUACCCCUUACAGCCACUGAAACUUCAAGUGAACUGCCAGUGAAGAAAAAGAAAAGGCCAGCUCCACCACGGCCCACCGAACCCCCUAAACGGUCUGAGGUGACUGUUGUUCCCAGUACUCCUACUGGAUCUAUAGGUUUUGUUAGGCCUAUGGUUCCUCAAGAUCCUGCACUCAAAAAGUCAUUGUUCCCCAUACCAGACCUCAAGAUCACACAAUGUUCAUCUGGGGAGGAAGAGGAUGACAGUCUUGCAGAUGAGUAUGGUGUUGGUAUUUCCUCUGACAUUACCCCCAGUGAUGACUCUGAGACUAAGGAAGAUCCAUCCAUAAGCCCACCUUUGUCUGAAACCGCUGAGAUGGAGCCUGUCUGUGUGGUGUGUGAAAUUCCAGAGCCAAAACCUAUUCCAACUCCAAUAUCAGCCCCAGAACUAACAGCUACACCCUCCCCCGUAUCAACAAUGUCACCUCCAACUUCACCAGCCACUCCAGAUUCCAGUUUGGCUUCAAAUGCUACAUCUUCAUCCUCAUUCCAGGCUCAAACACCUCUUUCAUCAGAUUCAACUCCAACACCUCCAACUUCAUUUGUAACCCAGUCACUUCCAGAUAUCUCUCCACCAUCGCCUGCCACAACUGCAGCAGUACUGUCUAUUGGGGGCUUAGUCUCUCAUCCCACUCCAACCACAGAUAUAGUUACAAAACCAGAUGUGGUGUCUGAUCAAUCCAAAGCUCAAGAAACUGCAGUAGUUCAAGUUAAGGCUGCUACAGCUGAAGCCCCAAGUCCAGCCCUAUUGGGGAAGGUAACUCCUGUACCUGUUGUGGUCCAAAUGCCAGACUUGGUUUCAUCUCCAUCUCAGGUGCCUAUGGAGGCUCCAGCUGUUAUGCAGGUCUCAGCACAGAGUCCAGCACCUGUCGUUGUUUCAGCUCAACCUACAACCAUAGUUACAGCUACAUCUGUUGCAGUCUCCACACCAGCUUUAACCAAUGUUGUUUCUGCUUCUGUCAUUCUGGCCUCAUGCCCUGGGCCAGUCAUAGUCCAGAUGCCUGACCUGGUUUCAACUACAUCUCCAAUCUCUGCACAAACCCCACUACCAGUUUUAGCACGCAUAACUACCCCAGCUCAAGCCCAAACCAAAGUGGUACAUGCAGUCCCUUUACAAGCAGCCAUCCCAUUAAUGAGCCCAGUAGUAAUGCCAGCUCCAACUCAAUCAGCCCAGGUGUCUGCACCAGCUCCAGCAUCAACUACUAUUAUCAAAAAGAAGGUACCACCCCCUCCUCCCCCUCGGUCUACUUCAGUGACAUUACCUGAGCCUAACACAAAGCUGCCACUUGUAAGGACUGUCCAGCAUGUCACCCCUACUAUAAACCACAACAUAGAUGGGAGAACCACAGUGGCUGACCAUCCAAUGCAGUCUGUAGUUGUGGAUAUACAGCCAAGAAUGGAAGACAUGCAAUCAGAUAGUGUGGCUGUACCUCAAAUAGUGAGCCCAACCAGACAGGGGCAUGUUGUCAUCAUAGUGCCAAGUGUAGAAAACAUAUCUCUGCUUGGCCAAACCCAACACGAUAUAUCUAGCACAAUAGCUGCCACUGCUUCUCUGCCAAAAAGUAGUCAAAUAGCUUCAGAUAUACCCAGCACAGAUACAGCUUCACUAUCCACUAAGGUGUCAGCAGUGUCACUAGCUUCUGCUCCACCACUUCCGCCUAAACCUAUGGCAGGGACGAAAGUUAUGGACACAGUAGAAAUACCUGUAGCAGAUACACCUCCACCACCUCCAACCACUUUAUCCAAGCCAACUGUUUAUCCAAAGCAGUUGGUUUCCACUGCAGUGACGAUUGCUACAGCAACAGUAGCACAAGUUUCUGAUACAACUAGCCCUAGUCAAACCGCCAAGCCUCCUCCACCUAUACCACCUAAGCCUAUAUCAAUUCCAGCUGGACUGGUUUUCAGCCACAAGCCAGGAGAGAGUGUCAAGCCACCUCCCCCUCCUGUGGCCCCCAAAGCUGCAACACUACCCAGGACCAAAGAACCUCCAAAUGUUCUGUCACUAAGCCUGACACGACCUGUGGAAUCUAAGUUGGGUGCAACAUCUCCUAAGUCACCUUUGUCUCCUAGACACGCAAAAUGUUUGCAAACCUAUGUGGUGAUAACCCUUCCAUCUGAGCCUGGCUCACCUACAGAGGGCAUAACAGUCCAGGCACCUGUAAGACAAGGCUCCAUCCCAUCUACAAAAGUGUCAGGGGUACGGACCACACCUUCAGAGCAGAAAACACCCACUGAGGCAUUCUCGGCACAGGCUACAGUUAGGCGAGCUUCUGUCCCGACUGUAAAGUAUCCACCUCCAAUAUUCAUAGCUCCAACAGUGGCAGUACAGCAAGUGACACUCUCUGAAGAAGUGGCUAAUACAGUGCAAGCCAGGAGAGACUUUGUGCCACCGACAUCUGUCACUGAUGUCACGGUAGUGUCAUCAGGUCAGGACGCAUCUAUUCAGGCACAUAGUGUACCUUUUCCAAUUAAGAAACCAUAUGUGCAACAGCAACAAUCCAUUCAGCAACUGCCACCACCUAAAACAAUGUAUGAAGUCAUCACAAUGCCCCUAGAGCCAGGGGUUCUUAUUCAACCCUUAACAGUCCAAGCCACAGCAAGAGCCCAGUCUAUACCACUUGUUGCUCAACAACCAAACAUAGCCACAGAGGUCAUAACAAUUCUGCCAGAGGUUCCAGCUGAAGCACUAGUUCCUCAGGCCCCAAAACCAAGUGCACCUGUGCAGCCACAGCCUCUGACAGAUUUUGUUACUGUACCACUGCAGCAUGAGGUACCUUUAGUUACACUAGUUCCCCAAGAUAUACCAGUUGCAGUCCCCUCAACUGUUCUUUAUCCACAAGUUUCAACCCAAGAAAUGCUACACAAAGAACAGGAUAUGCCUACACAUGUCAUAGUCACUGAGCCAGUAAUGGUAAGAUCACCAAUACCAGGAGUGAGUCAGCAAAUUCCAGCUCAACAGCAACUUACAGCAGUUGAAGCAGUGACUCACUCUAUAGAGCAAGAAUUGCCUACAUUUUUUAAUAAUCCUCCUACUAUUGCUGAAAUCCCAUCAGUACCACAAACUGUUCAGCCUUUAGAAGUUCUGCCUUUAGUGACAGGGCAGCUAUCUUCGCAACAACCACUUAUUGUAGCUGAAGGUUUGACCCUCCCUACAAAGUUUGAAUUACCUACAGAGAUUAUUUCAACUGACACUGCUGUUAGAAUACCAGGAGCAGCACCAGUAUCUCCAGUACCUCAUCCUCUACCUGUCGUUGUUGAUGUUACCCCAACACCGGAAGUAGCUAAGUUAAUGCCACCAUCUGCAGUUGCUAAGAUAUUAACUCCUGCAAUUGGUGAUGUAACACUAUCACCUGUAGUCACAGAAGUCCACCCAAUGACAGCACAGCCAGAAGUACCUCAUGUUACUUAUAUUCCACAGGUCUAUGGAGCAAUUACAUCCUCAUUAAUGUCACAUUCAAUGCCACCAAUGGAGGUUAUAGCAUUGCAGCCUGAACGAGAUACAACCACAGAUAUUUUAACAAAGGAUUAUAAUAUACAUUUUUCAAUGCCAUCAUCAGUGUUGCAGGCCAAGGAGUUGGCUGGGAUGUCAGUUAUUUCAACUGGGGAAACCACCAGUAGGAGGACAUCUAUAUCGUCCAUAGUACAACCAAUAUACACCACGAGUGAGAUUUUUACAUAUCCUGCAGACUAUGAAACACCAACGCAGGUGGUUACGACUGAUGCCUUUGCUGCUACCAGGAGAGAAUCCAUAACUAUGCAGCAAUCAUUACCAUUGACACAUAUUGUAAACAUGCCAGCUGAAAAAGAUGUUCCUAUUGAUGGUUAUGCUGUUCAGUUCCCCUACAGGAGAGGAUCUAUUCAUUCAACAGAACAAAGACCACAGGUAUUAACUUAUUCAUCGGAAUAUGAUCACCCUCUGGAGAUAAUAACCACUGAGGCAUACACCAGGAGAACCUCAAUGCCUGCUGCACAGGACAUUCCACAUGGUGUAUCUGUGGCUCCAGUCACUAUCACUAAAAUUCAGCAAGAGUCUAUUGAGAGCCAAGAGAUUCGAGGACCAGAAAAAGUGGUCGCCAGUAUGAGUCACAGGUAUUCAUCUUCAAUUUCCACUUUAGGCCAGCCUCCUGAAAGCCUGCCUAGCCUGGUCACUCAGGUGGUCACCACUGAGGUCCAGAGGACCACUGUUUCUGUUGUUCAUGAAAGACUUCCACAAGUCCCUCAUCCCAGUGUAGCAAUCACUAUACAACCAGACAUAGCUAAAGUCCAACCUCUGCCGAAACAGAAUGGGAAGAUAAUCUACCCUGGUGAUGUUAUUGAUUUACGUACCAUGAAGAUUGGCAUAAAGAUGACUGAACAAGGCAUGGACCUGACACCACCUGAAUCAUGUCGACAGUCUUUUUCAAGUGACUCUACUGGACGUCAAAUCACAGCAGUGCAGCCUGAGAUAGUCAAUCUUAGUACAGAGAUCAUCCCUGCAACCACACUGUCUGUGGUUACUGACAGCAUCACAAUUGUCACAUGCACAGCCACCAUUGCCUCAUACAACACUCCAGCAGAGAAACCAUUAGAUUUGCAGGGCCCUGGUGCGUCAUUGCCUCUGCCUCUUACCACAUACAAACAAUUUGAACCACUAGCUCAGAUUGUAUACAGACCUGUGAAUUCCCAGCCCGUAGUCAGUGCUGUAGCAUCCGCAGCUCAAGACAUACCCAUUAAUCUUUCCUUCGGAGCUCUGGUCUCCUCAGGAGGCAAACAGCCAAUGACUUCCCCAGCAGAUACCAGCAAUGGAGGUCCUGUCCUUUCUCUAGAGGCCACAGGGGCCAUGGAUCUGUCCAACUACAGACCAGUGAGAGCUAUGGUAGCUUUGUCUGACACAAGCCCAGGAGUGGUGACCACUGUUGUAGAGGAUGAUGGGACUCCAGUCGACCUUACAGCUGGUAGGAGGAGUGUAUGCUGUGAUGUCAUUUACAAGCUACCAUUUACAGGAAGCUGCAGAACACAGCCCCCGGUUACAGCCCAGCCUGACAACCGUUUUGGCUACAGAGAUGAUCACUACCAAUAUGAUAAUGCUGGCCUGUAUGGUAUCAAAGGCAUGAAUGGCAUAAAAGCCUCAAUGUCUGAAACCAACCUGACUGAGGCAGGACUGUUCUCCUAUGAUCCCAGGAAUGACUAUGACUAUCUUAGUGGAUCUUCAGAUGGCGCUAUAGAUCUCACUGCUGCUAAACUUUCUGCUGGUAAAGCUCUAGACUACACUAGCAAAGCUACUGGAGUCUACCCUGGGAUGACUACUGCUCCAUAUUCCCAGGUUCCAACAGCUGGGUUUGGGGUAAAUGGUGUUCUAAGAACCUCAGAUGGAAUAGUUUACACCUCUGUUGCUGCUCCAGUUCCAUCCACAUAUGCAAUUACAACUCAACCAGGCUCCAUCUUCAGCACUACCUUAACACCUACGUCAACAGUCCAGAACCAGUCAUUGCCACAUCCGUACGGCUUCAUUCCCAGUACAGACCCUGGACAGAUAAUUCCUUUUGACACAGGGCUACCAAAAGAGCUUCUACCCACAGCUUUGGCUGACAUCAUAACAGGCUAUCCGGACAUGUACUCAGACACCACCCUGGAAGCAAUUGCUGCCUCUCUGGAUGCCUUAGCCUCUUCUCCAAUAUUCCCUGGCUUAGACAAUACCAAGAUGGCCCAGUAUCAGAUGGAAAGGGAGUUUCUAGAGCUAGAAAAGCUUAAGCAGCUUUGUCUCGCUGAGGAGCUUGAGUGGGAGAGGCAGGAGAUCCAGCGUUACCGUGAACAGGAGCAGCUCAUGGUCCAAAGGGAGCUCGAGGAGCUUCAGGCUCUGAAACAGCAGCUUCUCAUGCAACAAGAGGAAGAGCACCAUGCCCACAUGGUGGCCCAGCAGGAGACCUAUGCCCAGCAGAAAGAGCAGUUGCAGCAAAUCCAACAACUCCAACUUCAACUCCAGCGCCAGCUUGAUGAGCACUAUGGUAGUACUGGUACCACAGGAAACCUCCUAGAUGCUAAAUAUGCAGGGGUAGGGGACAGUGGCCAGUACUGGCCUGUCAAAGAUGAGUCAACAACUUCAACUAUUGGGACACAGUUAGAGAAAAGUCAGGACCAGCUUAAUCUAGUAAAUAGGCUUCAAGCUGAUCAGGACACAGGGAAAAAAAUAAUUGAUAGUGGAGUGCAGACAGAUGAUGAGGACUCAGCAGAGAAGCAGCAUGUAGGAAGGAGAAAGAAGAAUAAGAGAAAUGUUGAUAGCUCAGCUCAGACUGAUGAUGAGGACCAAGAUGAAUGGGAUGCUCCCACAAAAGCACGAAGACGCUCUCGAAAACAUAGCAGUGAUGGGAAACAUGGCUCCAAGGUCUCUAGCAUUGCUAUCCAGACAGUGGCUGAGAUAUCUGUCCAGACUGACCACUCUGGAACUAUCAAACGACCAAAUGUCCAGAUGGACACCAGGGUGGAAAUCAUCAAGCAUAUCUCAGCUCCAGAGAACUCUCAGAGAGGUGGCAGUCUGAGCUGUCAGACAGACUCAGACAGAAGGCACACACCCAUUGAGAUUGGCUACAGCACACUCCUAACAGCAGAUGUCCCCUCUAAGUCUAACGUCUUCUACACCUCGGUCUCCCCCAUGUCCCCGGAAAAGUCACUUGGAGGGCAGAGAAUGCUGACUGCUGACCCAACCAGAUUUUCCUCUGGCCCUCGAACAUUAAAGGCUGGUCAGAAGUCUCUGUCUGAUCCUAAAUCCCUAAGUCCUGCCACAGAUGACAGGAUGGGUGGAUACUAUGCAGAGAGCUAUUCUAGCCGAGGCUCUCCCUCUGGUACAGGUAAGAAGGUAAAGCGGACACUACCAGACCCGCCUCCUGAGGAUGACUCUCUGUCAGGACGGUCAGGCUACAUCACCAACUCUGCUCGUCGUCGUCUUGCCCGCAGUACAACAAUGGCCCGGGCAAAGAUCCUGCAGGACAUUGACAAGGAGCUUGAUCUGGUGGAGAGAGAGUCUUCUAAACUUCGCAAGAAACAAGCAGAGCUAGAUGAAGAGGAAAAGGAGAUUGAUGCCAAGCUACGGUACCUGGAGAUGGGUAUCAAUCGACGUAAGGAGGCCUUGCUGAAGGAGAGAGAGAAGAGAGAGAGGGCCUAUCUCCAGGGGGUGGCAGAAGAAAGAGAUUACAUGUCAGACAGUGAGGUUAGCAACAUCAGAGAGGCCAGGGCUGAUGGCCUGGAGAGACCACGGACAGCUCCCCAGUCUGAGUUUGACCAAUUCAUUCCCCCUCAGACAGAAGCUGAUUCCCAGUACAACACACUAACUAGUCCCUACUCUCACUAUGCCCAGUAUGUUCCCCAGACCCAAACUACCAGCCAUUACACCCAACAGAACCUAUAUCAGCAACAAUCUCUUUACCAUCAACAGGUGUCUCCUUACGCGACCCUGUCCCUCUCCCAUGCCCAGACUCAGUCUAGCAGCUACCAACAUGCUUUGCUUUUGCAACAGGGAAAGCAGCGACAAUCUACCCUGUCUGAUUUAGAACCUAAAAUCACCACCAACUAUGAAGUGAUACAUAACCAGCCUCUGCUCAUUGUGCCAACCUCCACAGAAAGUGGUUAUGGGGUUGCUCACCUAGGGGGCAAGUAUGGCAGCUUGGACUUGAGGCUAGGGCUAGGGGAGAGGAGCAUGGCCUCUAGCCCCAUGUCUAGCAUUUCUGCUGAUUCCUUCUAUGCCGAUAUUGACCACCACAAUUCCAGGAACUACGUGCUGAUAGAGGACAUAGGGGAGCUCACCAAGGCCUCAACGGGGCUGGGCAACACCGGCUUGGGUUCUGGAUUCAACAUGCCUGAUAAGGAGUUGUCCAAGGCUGACAGACUACUCAGGGCAGCAGAAGUCAGGCGCACAGCAGAGGUGGCAGAUUUUUUAGGCUCAUCUCGACUUCAGGGCUAUGGUAAAGGAGAAGAUGACACUAUGGAGGAGCCUUAUGAGCUGAAGCUACUAAAGCAGCAGAUCAAGCAGGAGUUCAGGCGAGGAACUGAAGGACUAGAACACUUAACAGGCCUGGGCCUGCCUCAGUAUCUCCCCAGUGAUGGCAGUUUUCGCCACUUCCCUAAAGGAGAAAAAUAUAGCAUCGGCAGGCUCACCCUUGAAAAGCAGGCUGCAAAACAGCUCCCAGCGGCUGUGCUUUACCAGAAACAGAUGAAGAACAAAAAGGCCCUAAUAGACCCUAAGGCCAUUACAAAAUGUUCUCCAAUUCAGGAGAGUAGGGACCUGGAGCCUAACUUUGGAAGCUACAUGGGAUCUGGGGCCUCUUCUGUGACCAAUCUGGCAGCAACAGCUAGGUUGCUUCAGGAUGAGAUUACAUUUGGGCUAAGAAAGAACUUGUCUGAGCAACAAAAAUAUUUGGGCUCCUCCAUGGGGGCCAAUUUAGCUGGUUCUCUUAAUCUUGGCCAGUCCCUUGGACUUGGAUCCACUAUCAGGGCCAUUGCCCAGGAUGAUGGCAACUACCCAAGUGGCACCCGUUCCAGACCCUCAUCACGCCCCUCCUCCCGCCCCUCUUCUGUCUAUGGCUUGGAUCUAUCUAUCAAACGGGACCUAUCCAGCUCCUCGCUUGGACUUAAAACAGAAGGAGAGGUCUUGGAUGCAGCAUUUGCCCCUGGGGUGGCCAGAGCAAAGCCCACCAGUUUACCUAUCAGCCAAAGUAGGGGCCGUAUCCCCAUUGUGGCUCAGAACUCUGAAGAGGAGAGCCCUCUGAGCCCAGUGGGCCAGCCUAUGGGCAUGGCUAGAGCCUCAGCUGGACCUCUCCCGCCCAUCUCUGCUGACUCCAGGGACCAAUUUGGGUCCAGCCAUUCCCUGCCAGAGGCACAGCAACAUAUGAGGGAGGAAUCUCGGACGCGAGGCUAUGAUCGAGACAUCGCAUUCAUCAUGGAUGACUUGCAAGGCGCCAUGUCUGACAGCGAAGCACUAAGUGAGUCCAUGCUGGCUUUGAACAGAGAUGAUGCCAGAAUCUUUCAUGAAAGUAUCAGACACGCUGGAGGCCCAAACUGGAAUAUAGAAGCCUACCACCUCAGGAGAGAGGACACAGAUUGGUUUGAUAAGCCAAGAGAAGGGCAUCCGCAGAGUGGAAACAUGUCAGACAGGAGACAGAUGAAACUGGUCCCUUAUGCCUUUCCUCACACUUGCAUCAAGCUGAAGAGAGACCUGAAGGACACCAGUGUGUCAGGGAAUGGACUAGGGAUCCGUGUGGUAGGUGGGAAGGAGAUUCCAGGGAGCCGAGGAGAGAUUGGAGCUUACAUUGCCAAAGUUAUCCCUGGUGGUGUGGCAGAACAAACAGGAAAAGUUGUAGAGGGAAUGCAGGUGUUGGAGUGGAAUGGAAUCCCUCUGACGGGAAAGACUUACGAAGAAGUGCAGUGCAUCAUGGGCCAGCCGUGUGCAGAGGCGGAGCUCUGUGUGAGACUCGACCUUAAUAUGCUGUCUGACCCUGAGCACCCACAAGCCCUGGAGCACCAUGUCCAGCUUAAGGCUGUGGGUGGGCAGCGUUCCCCUGGUGUGGAUCCUAAGCAGUUGGCUGCAGAACUGCAGAAAGUAUCCCAGCAGCUGGCUCCUGGUGUUGCCGGAGCAGGGCUUGGGCCUGGGGGUUUGGGGGUCCUCUCUGCACUGGAGCGCUCUGCCCUCCUCCACUCGGGUCCAGGAUCGGCUGCCUCCAGUGGUGUGCCAAGCCCCGGUCAGCCCGCAUCCCCUGCCAUAAACAAGAAACAACGACACAAGCCAAUAGAGGUAAUGAGGAUACCUCACCCCAUCACUGGAGAAAUUCAGCUCCAGAUCAACUAUGACAGGAACCUGGGAAACCUGAUCGUCCACGUCCUGCAGGCUAGAAACCUGGCCCCGAGGGACAACGACGGCUACUCUGACCCUUUUGUCAAGGUCUACCUCUUACCUGGGAGAGGCCAAGUCAUGGUUGUCCAGAAUGCAAGUGCUGAUAACAAGAGAAGGACCAAGUAUGCACAGAAGACCAUGAACCCAGAAUGGAACCAGACUGUCAUCUACAAAAACAUUCAUCUGGAGCAGUUAAAGAAAAAGACGCUGGAAGUGACAGUUUGGGACUAUGACAGGUCCUCCUCCAAUGACUUCCUUGGAGAAGUGUUGAUUGACUUGUCGAACACGGCCCAGCUCGACAACACUCCUCGAUGGCUGCCGCUGAAGGAGCAGAGUGAGAGCAUUGAGCACAACAAAGCCCACCAUGCUGCUCAAGGCCCACCGGGGUCUGGCUCAGGUCAGGGUUAUGGUCAGGGACACAGCCUAGGCCAUAUGUCAGGCUCUGGGAUGGGGCCUGGGCAUGGUAUGGGACAGGGUCAUGGACCGGAUGGGAGUCAUGAUUCACCUAAAACCUCUGUAAUCAAGAGCAGAAGCCAUGGAAUCUUCCCUGAUCCAGCCAAAGACAUGCAGAUGAUGCCUUUGGAAAAGUCACACAGCAGCCCAGGCAGCUCCAAGUCUUCCUCUGAUGGCCAACUGCGCUCCCACGGCCCCUCCCGAAGCCAAAGCAAGAGCAGCGUCACUCAGGCCCACCUUGAGGAUGCUGGGAUAGCAAUUGCUGCUGCCGAGGCUGCCGUGCAACAGUCCCGCCUGCAACCAAGACCAGGACACCGAUUGGGAGAUGUCUCAGGGUCAGUGGUGCUGUCUGCCCCGAGUCUUGUGGGAGACGCCUAUGGAGGUCUGGAUGGGGAAGAGGGGGCUGGGACUGGAGUGGACAGUGCCAUAUUCCAAGUGCCACGCAUUGGUAAGACUAUUCCUAACGGCACCGACAAAAACCAAGUAGGCACCCCAGAAAAUGAAGGUGGUAAAACACAAGUAAUGGGGGAGAUCAAGGUGGCUCUCAAGAAGGAGGUGAAGACAGAAGGCGACCAACUGGUCUUGGAGAUCCUUCAAUGCAGAAAUAUCACUUAUAAAUUCAAAAGCCCCGACCACCUGCCAGACCUGUACGUGAAGUUGUAUGUGGUAAAUGUAGCCACUCAGAAGAGGAUCAUCAAGAAGAAGACCAGAGUUUGUCGACAUGACAGAGAGCCCUCUUUCAAUGAGACCUUCAGAUUCCCCCUCAACUCAACUGGACACUCCAUACAGCUUUUCUUGGUGUCCAAUGGAGGCAAGUUCAUGAAGAAGACCCUGAUAGGGGAAGCCUACAUCUGGCUGGACAAGGUAGACAUGAGGAAGAGAGUGGUCAGCUGGCACAAAUUGUUCGUCAGCUCCACUCAGACCAACCCCUGAGCGCCGUCCAGAUAGAUGAAAGGUGAAGCCAGAAUGUACUAGUUCAGAGAUGAUUAAGAGAAAAAAAAAUCAAGAAGUGGAACUAAAAAAGAUACAUUUAAUUCAGUUCAGAAGUUUUAAGAAGGAGGGAAUUAUGUGCUAAUACCAUAACAACUUUAUCAGUCCAACACUGCCAGCCCACAUGUCCACCUCAUAUCGAGUUUGUGCUGGCUGUGCUUGAUUGUGGGAUGCAAACAUGCAAAUACCACAGCAGGCACUGAAACAUGCAGCAAUAUGGCUUUUAGAGCAGGGUUGUCUUUCUUACCUUAGUUCCACUCCAUGGUCCACAUGAGACUUUGAUGUUUCAGUGUUGUGCAACUAAACAAACAUAUCUAUCAGAAGGAAAGAUGAAGAAAAAACUGGAAUUUGAUCAUUAACUGGAUUAGCAUUGUGUUUUCAUUGUUGAAAUGCCCAAGUGAUGGUUGUGAUGUGUGUGAAAACCAGUGGUCUUGAAAUGCUUAAUGAUGAAGGAAUGUUCUUUUGUAUGAUAGUCUUAUAGUUUCAUGUAAAAAGAAGGGAAAAAAAGAGUCAGACAGUUGACUUUUGCUAUGGGAUGAAGACAAAAUGUACAGCACUACAGAUUGUAGAUAUCACACAUGCAGAUUACAGAGCAUAUCAGAGAACCACAUUGUACAGUGUGAUGUUUAUAUAAUAUACAAAGAUAUCAGAUGCAGAAUAUAUCUAAAUACAAUAUAAUGUAUAAGAGUUCUUCUCCUGUCACCAGAUUAUUUAUAAUAAAAAUAUAGACAUAUGAUCUCUGUUUAAGGUUGUGGGUGACGCACUGACAAUCCAGUAGGCUACUUUAGUCUAUGGUGUAGGCAGUCUAAAUAGCCGUUUUGUGAAUGUGGACCUCUGAUUACACUGAUGCACCAUUAGAUAUUUAACAGGGCUGUGAUUACACAUUUGAAAGGUCAAAGUCAACAUUCAGUGAUCCAUGCUAUUGUGUAAGGCAGGUUAAAAUGAACAGCAUUUUGGUUUUCGAAAUCCAAAACACUUGCUGUGUGGAAAGUUACAAGCCAACUGUAGAGGAUGACAAGAGUUUAUCACAUCUGUGUCAUGUGUACGACAUUUUUACUUUAAGGCUGUUGUAGUUCAGAGCUCAGAGUAGCUCAGAGUAUGCUAAUAUGUAUUUAUGUGUAGCUCAUCAUGUAAUUACACUGUUGGAAUGAACAUGUAAUUUACACAAGUUGUGUCAAAACCAUCUGUGGAUCUGCGACUGCCAUCGCUUCAGUAUGACAGCUUUGCUUUCUGUGUAUUAGUAAAACCCCCUGGUCUGAGUUUUACCUAAAAAAUAAUUUCAAAUGAAAAAAAAAAAAAGUUCUUACCAGUCAAAUGUCAAGGUUUCUCUGUGUGUCCGGCUGUGCUGUAAAACUCACUAUGCUGUUUUUAUGUGAGUGACUCCCGCAACACAGUAAACCAGCCUCUUUCACUGCCUGUGACCAAAACACUCACUCAGGCCCACUUCAGUCAGAUGGGGGCCAAGUCUCAGUACUAAUUUGGAGCAGGUGACCCAUGUAUUCAUCGUGUAAUGUUAUGCCUCCAUAUCUAUAGAAAGAAAAAGAAAAAAACACUAACAAAUGACCCUCAGAACUACUGUCGGUAUAUUUAAGCAUAUCACUGGGCUGAUGCAAUUUUUUAAAGAAUUAAACAUAACAGAGGAAACAACAAAGACACUAAGAACACGAUGUCACUUAAAUGAUAUAGCAAAGGAUAACAAAAAAGAGACUAUACUAAAGAAGGGAUCGUGGUUAAUUUUUCAGAUAUUUAAUUUGUUGUGCCAACCUUACUUUUUUAAUUCCAGACCCAUUGGUUCUUAAUUCUAUGCAACAUAGAAGUGUUUGAAUGUAUUAUUUUUUUUUGGAACUUAAUGUUAUAUCUGUGAAGAUAUGGUCUAAAAGAAAUUUGUAGAAAAAAAUACUUUAAUUUGUACAUCAUUAAAAGAAAACAUUAAAUAUAUUGAUUGUUUUUACUGAUUUUAAUAUAAAUUGAGGUUAACAGCUGUUAACUUCUACAUAGAGCGUGUGCACUUUAUUGUUACAUUGUUUAUUUUCUUGUCUUAUUUUAACUGUCAUGACAUGCAAGAUUAUGUGUUUUGUGUUUCUGCACUGAAAUGAACUGAAUGUGUGUAAUGUGGCGGCAGAAAAUAUUGUGGUGUGCAUUUUGUAUUGACUGUAUGUGGCAAAAGAAAAACAUACAAACACGUUGGGGUUCCUAAACACAAUACACAAUCUGGGGAGAAAUGACCUUUACAGUAGAUCAUGCUCAUAGUCUAUUUAACAGUCUGUGUACAACGUACAGUAAAUGAGACCUAGUCCCUCAAUGCUCAGUGAUGACUGUUUAACCCCUCGUGUUUCAUUAGACCUUCCUCAAGCUAAUUACUGUUUGUUCCGAUCUGCUGUUGCCUGUAAUUGUGAAACCAUCCAUUUGUUGUUGUUCUGAGGGGUGUGGAUGUGACUCAAGUCCUUUGACAUGUGUACAUAAAGUGUUUAUUUUCUACAAAGAUUGAAUGUUUAUAUCGUCCGAAGUUUGAGCAUGUGAGUGUCGAAAAAAAAAUCACAAAAGACUUAUAAUUGUACAGCAAUGCGUGUCUAUAGUUGUAUAAGGGGAGUUGACUGUGUAAUCAAAACAUGUGCUGUCAACCAAUGACUGUCUGUGCAACCACGUCCCGUAAACGGCUGAAACAACACAAAGGGAAAAAAAAACUAUUCAACUUAGUAUAGUUGUCUGAGACUUUGUGUUUUGGAUGUUGCAUGUUUUGUUGAUGGUUUGUCUGUAUAUUUUGCCUACAGAUUAUGUUUAAAAAGAGAAAUAAUAUGUAUAGAUUUAUCCGUAUGCUGACUGUAAAGAAAUAUGCUUGUAAAAUUGUCUUGUUUUUCACUCAGUGUAAAAACAAAGAAUCUAAUGUUAUGGUUUUGUGGUUGUACACAGGAUGUGUAGAGAUAUUAUGCAAAUUGUGCUGUAAAAGAUCAGCUGUUUCCCCUGAGUCUAAAGAAUAAAAGAAUAAAUAUUAAGAAGAGCUAUAUUACA